AGGUGAGAAGCAGAGGAAGAGGAAGCGCGGUGCGGCAGCAGGCGAGGGCCGGUUGCGCCAUGACUCCGCCGCCAUACCCGGAUGUUUUCGGCGAAAGCCGCUACUUCAUCACCAGCGAGCACAUGAAGGCGUUCCGGGCGCGGCUGUUCGGCGAGAAUCGCAGCAAAGAGACGGCCGCCUACCACCCGAGCGACCGGCGACGCAUACUGGACAGCGACGAGUACUGCUGGCGGUUCAUCGUCCACAACCGCCUGGACCUGGAGCGGGCCGUGCGCAUGGCUGACGCGGCCCUCAAGUGGCGAGCACAGGUGCGGCUGCACGAGCUGACCGAGUCGAGCCUGCCCAGGGCUUGCCUGCAGGCCGGCUUCGUGCACCCGUUCAACGUGGACCGCUACGGGAACCACGUGCUUCUGCUGCGACCCGCCAACAUCCGCAACCUUCCUAUGGUUGACGUCCGCCGCGUGCUGGUCUUCUUCGUGGAGACCCUGCUGCGGCGACAGAACGCCUCGCGCAUAACACUGCUCGUGGAUUGCGUUGGCGGCGACCGCCACCAGCUUGAGCUGGGUCGGUAUGUGAUGGCCUUAUUCCGCUGCUACUACCCUCGCUCGCUGGGCUUCGUUCUCCUGUGGCAUCCCCCGCGUUUGCUCCAGGGCAUCUGGAAGCUCUGCAAGGGCCUGAUGCCCGUCGAAGCCCUGGAGAGGGUACGCUUCAUCACGGUCAGGGACAUCGGCCGCUACGUGGACCGAGACAAGCUACCCGUACGCAUGGGGGGCACCGACAACUACCACUACGUGUACGUGCCCGGAAGGCCUCUGGGAGAACGGUGUCCCAAGCUCGCCCCUCUGGACCCCGUCAGCUGCCCGACGGCGAGCCUGCACGUCUACGGCAUGUUCACGGCAUGACGCGGCUGUACUAAAGGCUGCUGUUUAGCUGCGAACCGCAGCACACGAACACGAACCGCUGUAGCCCUCGCCU